CUAGUGGAAGGUGUGUUGGUUUCUGUUAUUGGUUUCGUUUGUUAACUUCGUAAUCUUUGUUGCCUGCAGUUUGUUGUGUUGGGCGGCGGAGAGCCGAGGCCGCUGGAGCGGGCGGAGCGACCACUUGAGAUUCAGGAAGAGUUCCUCUCGGCGGUGGGCUACGGGGAGAGCUCCCGCAGGGCCCGGCUAGGCAUCGACCCGGACCUCCGCUACCUCAUCGCCUUCCUAACAGGUCCGAAGUGGUACCGCCGAAGCGGCGAGGUCUGGCUGCUCAAAGGCCUCGUUCUCCCCCAAUGGCGGCGGAGGGAGGUGUCACUUAGGCAAGGCAACAUCCUCAUACACUCCAGCGAGGCAGGGGGCCGACAGGAAGGCGGGAAGGUGUGCGGACACGAGGAGGGGGCGGGUCUGCGGGGCGGUCGCCACGUGCUGAAGGUGAUCUCCCCGGUCCGCUCCGUCUACCUCGGCAUGGAGGAGCUCUGGCAGCGCAGCCUCUGGGCGUCCUGGCUGGCCGAGGAGGAACGACGGGAUGAAGGUGACCUUUCAGGCAUUGGACUGACAGAAGUUCCUCCAGAAGUGCUGACUAUGGUGGGACGCUUGGAUCUUUCUCGGAACCAUCUUUCUGGAGAGCUACCUUCUCUUGCUGCCUCAAUCAUCUCAGUAGCUGAUAACAAACUUAGUUCCAUUGCACUCCAGCCCUCUGCUGUCAUCCUUGACCUCUCAGGCAACCGCAUACACCAUCUCCCUCAAGAGAUCAGCCGGCAGCAGGGGUUGGAAGAACUGAGGGUUGACCGAAAUCUCCUCUCAUCUCUGCCUCCUGGAUCUUAUCGUGAUCUGAAAGUGUUGUCUGCAAGCAACAACCGACUCACCCAACUGCCUAACUUCCUCAGCAUGACCGAGCCCCAAUUUAUAUUGGAAGACAUAGAGGAAGAUGACGAAAAACCACAAAAACUGCAGAAUGUGAACCUGAGAGGAAAUUCAUUAAAAGGCACGAUUAUCCUCGGAAAUUACGGGAAUCUGACCCAGCUAGACGUCUCAGAAAAUAGCAUCGAAUCCCUCGACCUGAGAGCCCUGGAGAAGCUCCAGAACGUGCAAUGCUCGAGGAACAAGCUGCAGGAACUUUCGGUCAACGGGACAUCGCUUACCUCCUUGAUCGCCGGCAACAAUUACCUUACCAAACUCACCAUUCACCCACGACCUACGAAGCUUAAACAUCUUGACAUAUCAUACAAUAGACUGGAAUUACUACCGGAGUGGGUGGGGACCUGCCAGUUACUGAGGACUCUCUUCGCCUCUCACAACCUCAUCUCCAGCCUUCCAGAUCGUUUCUUCUCCAGCGAAGGCUCGCUCCAGACGCUGCAGCUAAGCUUCAACCGCCUCUCUAGUCUCCCACCACUCACCAAGAACUCCAGUCUACAGCAAAUAUUUCUUCAGGGAAACAGAAUUCGUACGCUCCCACAGCAUUUCUUUCUUGCCACGCCAAGGUUGAGGACACUUAACCUGACGAAGAACCGCCUGGAGGAGCUGCCGGGGGCCGUUGUGGAAGGGCACCAGAUGGAGAGGCUCUACCUCACCUGCAACCAGCUCACUGAAAUAGACUGCCUUGUUCAUUUUCACUCCCUCAGGCUUCUUCACCUCUCUUACAACCUUGUUUCACAGUUACCUCAAGGUUGUGUAAAUGCAUGGUGUGAAAUGGAGGAAUUAGUAAUAUCUGGAAAUCGAUUGGAUUCUCUACCUGCUGGUCUUGAGGCAUGGAAGCAUCUCAGAGUUUUGCGUCUUCAUUGCAAUUUGCUUCAAGAUCCACCAGCUCUAGUCACAUCUUCUUCAUUGAAAGUUCUGGACUUAUCACAUAACAAUUUAGAAAAAGUUAAUCUUUCUUCUUUAAUAUCGAAGCAAUUACAAUUUUUGGAUAUAUCGGGUAAUACAAGAUUACAGGUUGAUCCUCGACAAUUUAAUGAUUACAGAUCUCAAAGAAAUGUCAGCUUAGUAGACACUUCUGGUAAAGGUCGAGCUGCCCUUCCUACAGAACCAGAACAGAAUAAUUCAAAUCCUGCUCAAUGGACAGUAGGAUUUUCAGAAACUCCUGGAAACAGAGAAAGGUUGUGUGUUGCUCAGUUGAGGUUAACUGGUUUUUGUGGUAGUGAAGCACUCCUUGGACUUUUUGAUUCUGGAACAGAUUCGGAACUUCCAAAAAUUUUGGCUUCAUCUAUCCCGAGAAUUCUUUUGGAAGAACGAACUGUUAAAGAAACUGCUACUGAGUAUAUGAAAUAUACUCUGCUUGCUGCACAUAGGGAAUUGAAGGAGAGAGGUCAAAGAUUGGGCUGCUGUGCACUGGUUUGUCAUAUGUGUAGCGAACGUGGAAGCGGUGUAAAGAAAAGGACUCUUCGUGUUGCUACUGUUGGAGAAGCUAAAGCAGUACUUGCCCGAGCAUCGUCUUCACUUACUUUGGCACAUGUUCCUACUCAGAUGGUGAGAAGCCAGAUUGGUAACAGUUCAAUGUAUCCACUUGUUAUACCAGAUCCUCAUGUUACCGAGCUUACGCUCAGAGAUGACGACAGAUUUCUUAUUAUGGCCAAUAAAAGGCUAUGGGAAGUGGUGUCGGCUGAGGAAGCAGCUUCAGAAGUGCGUCAUGUAACAGUGCCAGGGUUGGCUGCAAAACGCUUACAAGACCUAGCUCAAAGUUAUGGUUGUGAGGACAACCUAUCAGUUAUUGUAGUUUCUUUACAGCAGACGUUGACAAAUACAGCAUAUAGGCUGCAGGAAAAGGCAGAUGGAUGCUGGUGCCAUGUUGAUAGAUCAUCUCCAAGUGGACAAAGCGAUCAAGCAAGCUACGGCAAGGCGAGUUCCGGAGAGAACUUUCUUCACUACAUAACUGAAAAAAAAGAACCUGAGGAACACCGAUUUGAACCAGUUUUAAUGCGUGAAAAUGGUACGAGAAAAAUGACAUCCAGAAUUCAUGACGGUAGCCAUUUUGGUGAUUGCGAGGAAUCACCCUCUGAAAGGUCUGGAGGAGGUCAAAUGUCUGAAGAACAGUUCCGAUGUUGGGAAUAUAUGUUGGAACAGAAUACCCAACUACUUUUCGACAAAGAGUUAGGUAGUAUCUCAAAAGCAGGGUUAUCUCCUCAUCAGCGGAAAAUAUUUGGCAGUACAAGAUCCAAUGAAAGUUGCUGCCAGAAAAACUCUGCCUACUUUGGCACUAUAACACACCUUCCAACACAGUAUAACAGUGCUAGUCGAGAAAAAAGUGAAACUGACUCUCUAGAAACAGAAGAUAGAAUGUCUAAAUACUGGGAUGUUGCAACUACAGAACUUUAAUCUAGCAAUAAUCAAAUUGGUUUAAUUAAUUAAACUGGUUAUUCUCUAUGAGAAAUAUGUGUUAAAUUUCAAGUCAUGUGGAUUUAAUGAAUGAUCUCUGGAAAUAAUAUAUCAAUGUUUAAUUAUGUUCUAAAAUUACAAUUGAAGAAUACUUUUGUAAAAAACAUUAUGUGGUUCCUACAACAGAAUCCAGUAUUUAUAUUUUGUAUUUUUUUUUUUUGUUUUGUUGUGUUUUUUAAUAUUUGUAUAACCCUUACUUGGGUCUAAUAGAAUCCUACAGAAGAUUAAUUGGGCUCAAACUAAAAAAAUACCAUAAAAAUAUCUACUGGAAAAAUUGUAAAAUAUACCAAAGAAAAUUUGGUGUAUUUUAAAAUCGUUUUCUAUUUGGGCCAAUGUAAUCCUCUACUGGAUCCAAUCAGCUCCAAGUUAUGGUACUUAAAAACAUUUUUUGUACAAUAUUUAAUUUGUAAAUGUGUGCACAUGAAUGUACAGUAAAAAAUGUAAUAUAUUUGUACAUUUGAAUGUAGAUAGUUAAAUUUUGAUCAAUAAACAAUGUUCUAUA